AUGACGGAAGAGAAAGCGACAGGUCCCACGGCCGAGGACGUGGCGGUAGACAUGAAGAAGAAUGUCGACCCCUCGCUGGAGAAACAUGCGCAUGAUGCCGACGAGGCGAUGAAAGCUAUCCAGGAGCUCCAAGGUGAAUCGAUCACGUUAGACGCGGAGACGAACAAACGGCUGCUGCGGAUUAUCGACUGGCAUAUGAUGCCGAUCAUGUGUUUCGUAUAUGGCAUGAACUAUCUGGAUAAAACAACGCUCUCCUACGCCAGUGUCAUGGGCCUCAAGCCAGAUUUGGGAUUAGAAGGCGAUCAGUACCAGUGGCUGGGCAGUUUGUUCUACUUCGGGUACUUGGCGUGGGAAUAUCCGACGAAUCGACUGCUCCAGCUUCUUCCGCUGGGGAAGUACUCGGCGGCGUGUAUCAUCAUCUGGGGUUCGAUCCUUUGCUGCUUUGCUGCGGUUCAUAACUUUCCUGGGGCGGUUGCUAUUCGCUUCUUUCUGGGUGUUUUUGAAGCCUCCGUCACGCCGGGGUUUGCUUUGUUGACUUCGCAGUGGUAUACCAAACAAGAACAAGGCAGUCGGGUCAACAUAUGGUUUAGUUUCAACGGCUGGGGACAAAUCCUAGGUGGUUUCGUGGCAUAUGGCAUUGCAGUCGGCACCGAGAGACACGGCUCCGCCAUCGAGCCAUGGAAGAUCGUCUUCCUCGUAACCGGUCUCCUCACGGUGACCCUCGGGGUCAUCUUUCUCUGGAUCGUCCCAGACAGCCAGCUAAACUGCCGCUGGCUCAAACAGGAAGAUCGCAUUCUCGCCAUCGCCCGCGUGCGCAUCAACCAGCAAGGCAUCGGCAACAAGCACUUCAAGCUCUACCAGGUCAAAGAGUCGAUCCUGGACCCCAUGACCUGGGCAUUCUUCUUCUUUGCCAUCAUAGCCAACAUUCCCAACGGCGGCAUCACCAACUUCUUCAACCAACUGAUCACCAGCUUCGGCUACACCGAAAAACAAAGCCUCCUCUACGGCACCCCCGGCGGCGCCGUCGAGAUCGUCGCUCUCCUGCUAAACGGCUACAUCGGCCAGAUCACCAACCAACGCAUCCUCUGCAGCUUCGGUGGCAUGAUCGCCGCCAUCGUCGGAAUGGUCCUCAUCGUCGCGCUGCCGUUGGAUAACAACGUCGGCCGUCUGAUCGGGUACUACAUGACGCAAGCUAGUCCUACGCCGUUCGUUGCGCUUCUUUCGAUGAUCUCGUCCAAUGUCGCGGGUUAUACAAAGAAAACUACAGUCGCUGCAUUCUACCUUAUUGGAUAUUGUGCGGGGAAUAUCAUCGGCCCCCAAGUCUUCCGCCCAGAAGACGCCCCGCGCUACGUCCCCGCCGAAAUCACCAUCAUCGUCUGCUGGGGCGUUUGCCUCAUCCUGCUUGGUUUUAUCUGGUGGUGGUAUAAGAAGGAGAAUGAGCGGAAGGCUCGCGUCCGCGCGAGUCCGGAGUACGUCAGGUUGGAGAAUCAAGAAUGGCUGGACCUGACCGAUCGCGAGAAUAGCGAGUUUGUAUAUUCGUUGUGA